UGAGUGGAACGUCGCGAAUGUUGAAUCUUAUUUCGAUCGUGAAUUUCUAAUUACGUGAAGAGUUAUAUUAUUUUAAUAAAUAAUUAUAAUUUUAUCCUGUGACAGAUCAGAUCCAUUCAAAUAAUAGAAAUAAAUAAUAAAGGUCGAAAGAAGAAAAAAAGAAAGAAAAAAAAAAAAAGAAAAAAACUAGUGGUACUUUAAUCGUCGAUUGUGAAAUAUUUCACAAGUGUUAUAUCAUAUUUCUCAUCGAAGAUUAAUCCGAGGAUUGAAGAGACCGUACGAUGACCGACACUAAAUAAAUAAAUAAAUAAAUAAAUAAAUAAAUAAACAAAUAAACAAAGUUUAACAUAUAUAAGUGAUCGACGUAUUAAGAUCCUUGUCGAAAGUUUGAAUAAUUGGAGAAGAUAAUAUUUGAACAUUUCGUACAAUUAAAAAAGAUCGACUUAGUUAAAAAUCCGAAUGAUAUAUUUCGGAUGGAUGGAUGGAUGGAUGGAUCGAUCGAUCGAAAUUCGAUCGAUCGAUCGAUCGAUCGAUUAAUCUGAUCAACCGAUCGCGUACUACACGGAUUGAUUAAUAUCUCGUGAAAGAAUAAUUCUUUUAUGCAUUUUUUACACGAUGUGCGGUUUAAAAUCAUCGAAGUCUUUUGAAUUCGAUACGAUAUCGAUUAGACUAAAUUAAGUCUUUAAGAUCGAAACGAACGGACGAACGAGCGAUCGAAAAGGAACGAAAAGAGAAAAAAGAAAAAAAGGAAGGAAAGGAGUAAAAGAGAAAAAGAAAAAAUAUAAGAAGAAAAACAUUUCCAUUUCUCUGUGUUGUCAUCGACGUUUCGAAAUCUCGAAAUCUCGAAAAGAUUCUCAACGCGAACCGCGCGUGCCACGUUUCUCGUCUGUUGCUGCUGUCACUGCAACUGCAACUGCUGCUGCAACUCCUGCAACUACUGCUGCUGCUACCGCUGCUGCUGCUGCUGCUGCUGCUGUACGCGCGUUGUUGGAAAACGAGACUUGGUACGCCGUAUAAACGUGCCGUUAGGAGGAUAUAUUUAUGACAGAACGAAGAGCCGUCGCGUCGGCGGAAGUCAAGAGGAAACCUUGACUCUGACUAUCGGCGAUCUUUUCCAUCGACGAGAGGGAUAGAACGAUAUCCACGACGAGGACGGGGUGGCGGCGGAGGAAGGCGGAGGAGGGUGUACGGUGAAACUCAGCAACGGAGACGAGCGUAACGGCAGCGGGAGUAGCCGAAGAAGAAGAAGAAGAAGAAGAGGAAGAAGAAAAAGAAGAGGAAGAGGAAGAAGAAGAAGAAGAAGAAGAAGGAAGUGGAGAAGGCGGAGGUGGUGGUGGUGGUGGUGGUGGUGGAGGAGGGGUGGUGGUGGAGGAGGAGGAGAAGAAGGAGGCGAGCAGGAGCAGCUCGUGGUGGCGGCGCCGACGGCUGCGUUGGUUCUGCCAGGGCCGCGCAUGCUUCACCAACGUACCGCUACAGCAACGACAACACCGCCUGCGACGUCAUCCACCAACAUGUUCCCCCAACAAUACUGCCUGAGAUGGAAGUACCAUCACAGCAACCUGCAGACCAUGUUCUCACAGCUGCUCGAGCGGCAGGCCUAUUGCGACGUCACGCUCGCAUGCGAGGGCAAGACACUCAGAGCGCACAAGGUCGUACUAUCGGCAUGCAGCACCUACUUUGACACGAUCCUGUCGCAAUACGAAGAGAAGGAUCCUAUCGUAAUCAUGCGCGACGUCAAAUUCUCGGACAUCAAAGUACUCGUCGAGUUCAUGUACAAGGGAGAAAUUAAUAUCGAUCACACAAGAUUGUCGUCCCUAUUAAAGACUGCCGAGGAUCUUCAUAUCAAGGGUCUUGCGGAGGUCAGCUGGCGUAGCGAUUCAACGCAAAAUGACUUAAGUAACAGUGGUCACAGUCCUGGUGCUGCUACGCCAGGGGUUGAAACGGUUUUAAGGGAAGGUGACACGGAUGAACCACAACCCCCAAAACAAAGGCGUAGAGGACGUCCGCCAUUGGACGAUACACCUACGACGCACGACGUCUUUACGCCGAAAAUCACAUGUAUCACCGGAAACGAGGAAAUGAUGAGCGAAGGUGACCACGAAAGUUGGGACGACGAAAUGAUGAUGAACGAGAAUAACGAAACGCCACUGCCGGUGCUAUCCUAUAUGCCGAAGGAGGACAGUAGUACCUCCGAUCAAGAAAAAAAAGCGCCUACGACGACAGCGUCGAAUUCAAACGCGACGAACCUGUCGAUCCCGGAACAAUUUCGGGACGUCGUUAAGAUGAACGAUUAUUUGACGACGGGCCGACGACAAGAAUUCUGGGAGGAACCGUUCACGCGACGCGUUAUGGAUGCCAUCAAGAGUAAGGAGUUAGAAAUGAAGACUGCUGCUGAGAUACUCGGCGUUUCUUACGGGACCCUCUAUGGGAGAUAUCGUGACAGUUAUGGUUGCCUUAAACACCCGUAUAGAGUUAGGGAUUUUUGGUCGGAACCUGGACC